GUGUUAUUUGACGCCUAAAAAUUGCGCGAAAAAAAGUAGAUUUUUGUUAGGUGCUUACUUCUUAUUUUUUAUUCUUUCUUUGCAUUUGUCAAAAGAAAAAGAAAAAAAAAACUCGCCACCCCUGGCCCUGAUCAGAUCUACACUUCCUCCUCCCACCAGAAAUUUUCCGGAGUUCGUUCCUUUGCUCAUACCAUUUUCGCGAAUUCAAAAAAUGGAUUUCAUGAAGGUCUUCGAUCAAACGGUUCGAGAGAUAAAGAGGGAGGUGAAUCUGAAAGUUUUGCAGGUUCCAGAGAUGGAGCAAAAGGUAUUAGAUGCUACUGACAAUGAGCCUUGGGGUCCGCAUGGUACUGCUUUGGCAGAGAUUGCACAAGCCACUAAGAAAUUCUCGGAGUGCCAGAUGGUUAUGGGUGUUUUGUGGACUAGACUGACUGAGAGGGGAAAGGAUUGGCGAUAUGUGUAUAAGGCGCUGGCUGUUAUUGAUUAUCUGAUUUCAAAUGGGUCAGAACGAGCAGUUGAUGAGAUUAUUGAGCAUACGUACCAAAUAUCUUCACUCUCGAGUUUUGAGUAUGUUGAACCGAAUGGAAAAGAUGUGGGAAUCAAUGUGAGAAAGAAGGCGGAGAACAUAGUUGCCCUCUUGAAUAAUAAGGAGAAAAUCUCAGAGAUCAGAGACAAAGCAACAAUCAAUCGUAACAAGUAUGUUGGCCUCUCAUCAACAGGAAUAUCAUAUAAGUCUGGUUCAGCUUCGUUUGGUGGUAGUUUUCAAAGUGGUUCAAGCAGUUAUGAUAGGGAUUCCAGAGGAAAAGACAAGGACGACUACGAGUCUUUUCAAAAGUCAAGGCGCGGUGUUAAAAGCGAAGAGCGAAGCUACACUUCGAAGAAAAGCUUUUCACGGUAUGACAGUACGGACCAUGAUAAUCUAUCCAGUGGAAAAAAGUCACCCGACUCUGGAAAACAUAGUUCCAUACCUUCACAUGCAUCUGCAGCUCCUUCAAACAACGAUGAUGAUUUUGAUGACUUUGAUCCACGUGGAACUUCGAGUAAUAAGCCUUCCACAGGUAGUGCCAACCAAGUGGACCUUUUUGGAGCAGAUCUGAUUGGUGACUUCUUGGAUUCUGGGCCAACUGAAACAUCUUCCACCAACAAUAAUGGGAAGUUUCAAGAGGCGGACUUGUUUGCUGAUGCAUCUUUUGUAUCAGCCUCCAGUCCAGGAACAGACUUUGGGUCGCAGACACAGAAAGAAGUUGACCUUUUCUCUGUAUCUGAAACUUCUGGCACGGUUUCUUCAGCUCCUCCGACGGUUGAUCUUUUUGCAUCUCCUGAAACAGUUGCACGCCCAGAAGCCAAGAUUCCUAAACCUGAGCCGAUGACCACUCCAAGCAUUGUUGACCCAUUUGCUGCAGUUCCUAUGGAAAAUUUUGAUGGAACUGAUCCUUUUGGCGCCUUCACUUCUCACUCGGCUCCAGUCUCUACAGGUCCACAGGCUCCAGUUCUACAUGGGAGUGCAACAACCACCACAAGCCCAAUGUCUCUGGCAAACUCAAAGCCACAGCAGUUGCAAAAGAAGGAUCCUUUCCAAGUGAAAUCUGGAAUCUGGGCAGAUUCGCUGAGCCGUGGACUAAUUGAUCUCAACAUAACUGCUCCUAAAAAGGCUUCUCUUGCGGAUGUGGGCGUUGUGGGAGGCCUGAGCAAUGAAGAAGGGAACAAGGCAUCUGCUGCUGCGUACUACUCAGGGUGGUCCAUGGGUGCAGGAUCCGGGCUAGGUAAAACGGGACUCUACAGUGCACAGCAGCAGCAGCAACAACAACAAACACCUGAAAUGUCAGAUGAUUUCUUCUCUGUCACAGGCUGAGUCACACUCGCCAACCUUAUCACAAAAGCAUAUUCAUUAGAUAUGCUUUGCUUUAUGCUUUUGCUUUAUGCUUUCUAAUCAUCAUUGACAGGUCAUUGUUUGGACCGUUAGUGUGACCAUCGAACUUUAGUAUUUGUACUCUUCCCCUGCAUUUGCAGAAGUUUUUAAUCAAGAAAUAUUUCAUCUCA